UCAAGGUUUAUUAAAAAAAAAAAGUAAAUUGAAUUGUUCAAUCAAAGUAUUUGCCGUUGCUUUCUAUAACUUUAAGCUACCUUUCAGGCAGCUGAUAAAUUCCAUCUCGGAAAAAUGUUACGUCUUUGGAUACCUCGUUCAAAUAAAAAUUUGAGGAUUGAAGGGAUAUGUUAAGGUUUGGAGUUCGAUGUAGUUGACUGGGGGUGGGUUGUCUAGGGGUUGGGGAUGGUCGUCUGUAGGGGAUAUGAAAAAAUUUAUGGGUACUGAUGGAUUCUCGAUGUCAAGAAUUUCAUCUAAAUUUGGGAAAAAACUCUUGAAAAUUGUAAAUAUUCCUUUCUAUUGUUUGGUUGGCGAUGAGCACCACGGUGAAUAAAUAUAAAAUUACCAUUGUCUUGUGUAGGCCUUUGUUGGGACACGUACAAGACAAUUUCAUUAAUUUUUACUUAUAGAAGAGAACGUUUACGCGGAUGAUUACGGAUUUACACUGGAUAUAAUCUAUUACUAAUUGCGUUCGCGAGACCGCGCCGCGCCUCGCUCCGAAACGUUGCGGGCCGGAUGUUGCCCACGGAUAACAAUUACCUAGACAGGAAUUUUCCUGCUGGAGGCGCAUUCCUUAAUAUGUUCGCCACUUUUUUAUUGAGCUGCUGUUCUUCGAUGUAUUCGUCUAUUUUCUGUAUGGUGAAAAUUUGAGGAUUUACCAUGAGAAACAGCAAAGGGCUUUUGCCAUUUUUCACUGAUAGCUUGCAAAUCUAUAUAAAUAAGAAUUGGCCAAAAUUGACUGCUUGAACUUUUAGAUAUUGGCAAACCAUCAAUAUUUAUGCAAAUAAGUAAUACUAUUUUAGUGCAAUCCAGGAAUAGUUUUUCUAUAAUAAAACUACUGUUAAGUAUUUUGCGUAGUCCAUUUUCUAUUCCCAGGUGACAGUAAAAACCAGGAUAGAUACUUAUAAUUUCAUAAGGACAUGAAGUAGGUGUUUGCAGAAGCGUUCGCGAAUCCUUUGGAAAUUGUGGAAAUGGUAUUCUUAGUAUAAUUAAUAAUUCAUUUAUAGCACACUUAAUAAGUGUCUAUAUUUCAAGAACCAUUGUUGAACCGCAUUUAUAAAAUCAUCUACUACUGCAGGAAAUGUGCCACAUCGUUCUUCAAACAACGACGAUUUAUCUUUAUACACAUCUUCAUCAAUAUUAUCAAUAUAUUGUAUUGGUUCAAAUAAAUUAUUGGUCAAAGAAUUAUCCUGAGAAACAUGAUGUGCAUUAUCAACGUUAUUAUCUGUUACAAUAUCGGCGGAAACAUUAUCUGAAUUUUUAUUUUGUAUUAAUUUUUUAAUAUGAUUAUUUGUUUGCAUUAUUUCCCGAUUAAUUUGUAAAAUUUAUAUUAAGUCUUUUUUUACUAUUCGCCGCAAAUGUCUUUUACUUGUAAAAUACUUCUUGAUUUUAGUCAUUAUUCUACUACACAAUUAUACACGCACAAUUAUACAAAAGUUUAUUGUUUACACACUCUUAAUACACACUUUAUCCAUAUAUUAUAAUAUUACGCCCGCGCCGAGAGACGAGUCGUCUGUUAUUAGACAGGUUAAGUCGCGAAGCGUUUCUUGACAACGGCUCGUUAAAUUGUGUAUCGUGUAUCGUGUAUCACACGUGUUUAUACAUGUUACACACGUGUUAUUUCCGUGUUCAUAUAAGCCCGACAUGUUAUCAGCGACAUUGAAAUGAUGAUUUCGACGUCGAAUGAAUUUUAUUAUUUGUCGCUGGAAAGUUGUGCCCUUACAUAAACACGACUAUAAAAAUAUCAAUUAAUUGAUACGUUUGGUGAAUUCUGCAGGUCACUGGCAUUAGUUGCAUUAUUCAUUUUUUUUCACUAGCUGAUAAUAUGAUACUCGACUAGCACCGCACGUACACAACAAGAAUCGCUUGAACUGGCUUGAACUGCGUGUAUUAGGUUAGAUCUACAAUAGGUAUAGUAAGCCUUAGGCCGGAUCUACAAUAAGUGUAGUAAGCCUUAAGCCAUAAGGAAUUAACCAAUUAUAUUCGAUUUUUCUUCUUAAGGUUGGUUUAUAAUAGCCGUAACCGUUAACUUAGGCCGGUGCCGUAGAGGCCGUUACCGUAAUCUGUAAAAGGGGCGUUUAUAAUAGUUCAGUCGGGGGCGUUUAUAAUAGUUACGGUCGCAGUCACACCGUAAAACGCAUAACCCUGUAAAAGUUAUAUUUUUUUAUAUAAAUAAAUUUAAAUUAAAAUAAUGGAUUUGUCGAACAUAAAAACAAUGGAUUUAUCUGAAAUUAUUGUGUGUGGAAUGUUUUUAUCAAUUCUGGGGCUGGCAUACACUGCAUAUGAAGACGCACCGUUGGUUAAAAAAAUAAGGAGAAAACGCCGUUGGAGUGUACGCCCAAUUAAUCAAAAAAGGAAGGACACAGGACAUUUUCAUAAUUUAUUUAAAGACAUGGCGACAGUAGAUAAUGAACAAUUUAUUAAAUAUACAAGAAUGUCGCAGACCAAUUUCUACAAAUUGUUAGGACUUAUACGACACAAAUUAAUAAAGUGGAGCAGACGUGAGCCUAUAAGUCCGGAACAUAGGCUAGUUAUUACAUUAUUCUAUUUGUCUCAAGGCUGCAGUAUGCAAGUAGUUGCAUGGUCCUUUUUGAUUGGAAAAACUACUGUAUCUGUAAUAGUCAAGGAAACUUGUGAAGUAAUAUGGAAUGUUCUUAGUUCCAUAUAUUGCAAACAACCAACAGUCGAAGAAUGGAAAAAGAAAGCGGACGAAUUUUACAGACAAUGGAAUCUCCCUAACUGUUGCGGUGCAAUCGAUGGGAAACAUAUAACAAUUCAGGCACCCAAAAAAUCAGGAACUGCUUUUUUUAAUUAUAAAAAAACAUUCAGCAUCGUCCUCAUGGCUGUUUGUGAUGCUGACUACAUAUUCACACUUGUAGACAUUGGAGCAUAUGGCUCGCAAAGUGAUGGUGGAGUAUUCUUGGAGUCAGUCUUCGGCCGAGGAUUGGAAUCCGCAUCGAGGUGGAGAAUCUUGCGAAAUAAUAUCAUUGGCGAAGUUGAUAAUAUAGAAAGGAUUACCGCUGCCACAAUAUGUUUACAUAAUUUUCUGCGCAUUUCUGAAAAAGAUGCCGAACAGCUAGUGUAUUGCCCUUCAAAUUUUUCUGACACUGCUCAAGGAAAUGGUCAUAUUACAGAAGGCUUAUUUCGAAAAGAACAAAUUGAUAAUAGUUUUCAAAGAAUAGGACGCAUGGGUGCGAAUAAUCCAUCAAGAUCAAUGAUUGCUCUACGUGACAGAAUGGCACAUUAUCUUUCGCAUGAAGGAGCAGUUCCUUGGCAGUGGGCACAUAUUUCAAGAGGAUCCAGACCGGAGUGACAUCGAUAAAGACGAGAGCACGAAACUAAUGAAUAAAAAUUAUACUUAGAUUAGCAAAUAAAAAUUGUACAAAACAA